AUGGCUCUUGCUCAGACAAUCUCCAACAACAUCUUCGGACGUCUUUCGUCUGAUUUCAAGAAGAAAAACUUCUCUUUGUAUGGCCAAUGGAUCGGUCUCUUGACUGUCUUGCUUUGUUUGGCCUUGGGUAUUGCCAACAUCUUCCACGCCUCCUUGGUCAUAAUAUUCUCCAUCAUUUGUAUCGUGCAAGGAUUGAUAGUCGUGUUCGUUGAGAUUCCCUUCUUGUUGAAGAUAUGUCCGUUGACAGACAAAUUCACAAACUUUAUCCGUAACUUUGACGACAACUUGCCCAGAUGCGGAUUCUACUUGUUGAUGAGUGUGAUCCAGUGGCUCUCAUUGACUUUGCAAGUCACCAGUUUGAUUGUGGUUGCUAUCUUCUUCUUGUUUGCCAGUUCCUGCUAUGCAUUGGCAUACUUCAAGAACCAAGAGUACUUGAAGUCCUCGCUCCAGACCACCGAUGACUCUGUCCAGGGCCAGGUGGGUGAACAUAUUGUCAGAAAUGUAUUAUAG